GUCAGACGUGACAGAAGUAUUCAAACUAUCACCGAAUGAGUUUUUCUUGUAGCUUAAACAAAUGUUGAUUCAUACUUAAGAGGAAUUGCAUAUAGGUUGAAUUUUAUACUCCAGUGUAGCACAGAAGUAAUGAACCCUUCUAGAGAACGAUUGCAUGAAGCUAAUGUACAACCAAAUUUGCUUGAACAGAGAGCAGAUGAUCCAGCAGCAAAUGCUUUAAUAUGUUGCACCAGUGAUGUCUCCGAGAAAAGUACAUUAAAGUCAUUACUAUGGGUGGUAAAGGAACCGAAAGAGAAACUGUCGUCGUUGUAAACGAAAGGAAGCACAACAAAUUGAAUAAUGACAUAUUACUCAAACCAGCUAGCCGCUUUGAUCAUGACAGUCAAAUUGAUAAGCGAGGCUGCUGGGACGAGCGCAAGGAAAGAGAAAUGCUUGUCUCGCAAAUUGUCGAACUGCAAAGCACUUUGAGAGAUUUGUCACAUAAAGUUGAUAACAUAAAGUUGGAGAACAUGAAAUUACGCUCCGACAAUGAGGUGCUCGUUCAUUGCAUCGAGAACUUGGUGUAUGACUUUAAUAUGCCCCAGUAAAGUUUCCGAAGAUAAACAAAGCGGGGAGCUCUUGUGCUCCACAUUUUAUUUCAGAGCUGCAUUGUAUGAGCCUGACGCUGGUAUAAGGUAAAGGGAACUGCUUAUUAUGCAAAAUCUAGUGGCUUCUUCUGGGUAUUCCUUAAGGUGGAUCGCAAUUUAAAAUAAAUUUAUCAUGG